CAGGGCGGAACCAAGCUUCAUCGCCGUGUUUCCUCCGGUAGGAGAUCUUGGUAGCACGCGGGAAACCUGUGCGAGAUGGCGGCCGACAGUCAGACCGUUUAGGACUCUUCAGCCCCGCUGUGUCUCAACCUGUCUGCCUUAAACCGUCUCUGAUCCGACCUGAGCUAUGGAGGGCGGCAAACCCAAUCUUACCCUGGUCUACCAGGCGGUCCAGGCCCUGUACCACGACCCGGACCCGUCCGGGAAGGAGCGAGCGUCGGUGUGGCUGGGGGAGCUCCAGAGAUCGAUGUAUGCGUGGGAGAUCUCAGACCAGCUGCUGCAGCUCAAACAGGAUGUGGAGUCGUGUUAUUUUGCCGCUCAGACGAUGAAGAUGAAGAUUCAAACAUCCUUCUUUGAGCUUCCCCCUGAGACCCACAAUGCACUGCGAGACUCACUGCUGACCCACAUCCAGAACCUCAAAGACCUGUCGCCAAUCAUUGUCACGCAGCUUGCUUUAGCCAUCGCAGAUCUGGCUCUUCAGAUGGCCUCGUGGAAAGGAUGCGUUCAUACGCUCAUAGAAAAGUACAACAAUGACAUCAGCUCAAUGCCCUUCCUCAUAGAGAUCCUCACUGUGUUGCCAGAGGAAGUUCACAGUCGAUCUCUACGAAUCGGAGCCAAUCGGAGGACAGAAAUCAUUGAAGAUCUGGCAUAUUAUUCUAGCACCGUGGUCACUCUGCUGACGACGUGUGUGGAGAAGACGGGGAAUGAUGAGAAGAUGUUCAUCAAGGUGUUUCGAUGUUUGGGCAGCUGGUUUAACCUAGGAGUCCUCGACAGUAACUUCAUGGCCAACAACCAGCUGCUCAUGGUCCUCUUCCAAGUCCUGCAAAGGGAUGAAACGUCCACUAACCUCCAUGAGGCAGCGUCGGACUGCGUCUGCUCAGCUCUAUACGCCAUCGAGAACGUGGACACACACAUGGCGUUAGCUCUACAGUUGUUCCAGGGUGUCCUGACGUUGGAGACAGCCUAUCACAUGGCUGUGGCCCGAGAAGACCUGGACAAAGUCCUGAACUACUGCCGGAUCUUCACCGAACUAUGUGAGACCUUCUUAGAAACCACAGUCAGGAGCCCCGGGCAGGGCAUGGGGGACCUGAGGACCCUGGAGCUGCUGUUAAUCUGUGCAGGACACCCCCAGUAUGAGGUUGUGGAGAUCUCCUUUAACUUCUGGUACCGACUUGGAGAACAUCUUUAUAAAAUAAAUGAUGCAGCUCUUCACACCAUCUUCAGACCUUACAUUCAGAGACUUCUGCACUGUUUGGCCCGACACUGUCAGCUCGACCCAGACCACGAGGGAAUCCCAGAAGACACCGAUGACUUUGGAGAGUUCAGGAUGAGAGUUUCAGACCUCGUUAAAGAUGUCAUUUUUCUCGUUGGAUCCAUGGAAUGUUUCUCUCAGGUAGCUUUUGUCUGUCAGUUGUAUUCCACGUUGAAAGAAGGGAGCCCAUCCUGGGAGGUGACGGAGGCGGUUCUUUUUAUCAUGGCUGCGAUUGCAAAGAGUGUCGACCCGGAGAACAACCCCACGCUGUCAGAGGUUCUGCAGCAGGUGGUUCUACUUCCUGAGAGUGUCCACAUGGCGGUCCGCUACACGAGCAUCGAGCUGGUGGGAGAGAUGAGCGAGGUGGUGGAUAGGAACCCGCGCUUCCUUGACCCAGUUCUGAACUUCCUGAUGAAGGGUCUCAGGGAGAAGCCGUUGGCGUCAGCAGCAGCGAAGGCCAUUCACAACAUCUGUUCGGUGUGCAGGGAUCACAUGACCCAACACUUCCAGGGUCUGCUCGACAUCGCCCGAGCCCUGGACUCCUUCGCCCUGUCCACCGAGGCUGCCGUGGGGCUGCUUAAAGGUACGGCUCUGGUCCUGGCUCGUCUUCCCCUGGAGAAGAUUGCAGAGUGUCUCAGUGACCUGUGUGCAGUUCAGGUGUUGGCGCUUAAAAAGCUUCUGGCUGAAGAAUCGACAAACGGUAAAUCAGCCGAUCCCACCGUGUGGCUCGACAGACUGGCUGUUAUCUUCAGACACACAAACCCCAUAGUGGAGAACGGACAGACACACCCAUGCCAGAAAGUCAUACAGGAGAUCUGGCCCGUUCUCUCUGAGACUCUGAACACUCAUCAGGCCGACAAUCGGAUCGUGGAGCGAUGCUGCCGCUGUCUAAGGUUUGCUGUGCGAUGUGUUGGGAAAGGCUCCGCCUCCUUGCUGCAGCCACUCGUCACUCAGAUGGUGAGUGUGUACCAGCUGUAUCCACACUCCUGCUUCCUGUACCUGGGCAGCAUCCUGGUGGACGAGUACGGGAUGGAGGAGGGCUGCAGGCAAGGUCUACUCGACAUGUUACAGGCUCUGUGUAUGCCAACCUUCCAGUUGUUGGAGCAGCAGAACGGUCUGAGGAAUCAUCCGGAUACGGUGGAUGAUCUGUUCAGGCUGGCCACCAGGUUUGUUCAAAGGAGUCCGGUGACGCUUCUCAGUAGCAGCGUCAUUGUUCACAUCAUCCAGUGCGCCAUUGCCGCUGCCUCAUUGGACCAUCGAGACGCCAACUGCAGCGUCAUGAAGUUCGUGAGAGACCUGAUCCACACAGGGGUCGCCAACGAUCACGAGGAGGACUUUGAGCUGAGGAAACAGCUGAUUGGCCAGGCCAUGGAGCAACACGGGCAGCAACUCAUCAGUCAGCUGAUGCACUCGUGUUGUUUCUGUUUGCCACCGUACACACUGCCCGACGUCGCCGAGGUGCUGUGGGAGGUCAUGGUGUUUGACAGACCUACGUUCUGUCGCUGGUUGGAGAACGCUCUGAAAGGUUUACCAAAAGAAACGAGCGGGGGAGCCGUGACUGUCACACACAAACAGCUGACUGACUUCCACAAACAGGUCACCAGUGCUGAGGAAUGUAAGCAGGUGUGCUGGGCCAUCAGAGAGUUCACACGACUGUUUCGAUAGCUGCAAAUGACAAACAACACAGGUUAAAUCUUUUGUUGACCAACUUUCAGAGGUGACGGCAAAAAGCUGCGACUGCAGACCUGGAUCCAAAGGGACGACUAAGAUGAAGAUGAAGAUGAAAAAGAUCAGGACGGAAAGACUUUGAAUGUGAAACAGGAAGAAUCACUCUGAAAGACAGAGUAAGGAGUACUUGGACUGAUUGAGUCUCCACCCCUGACCCCUGACCUCACCUGCAGCAGGUGUCAGGCGGUUGGGGUCAGGUCCUGCAGGUGGGCGGAGUUUACUGAGUGAACUGGUGUGGAUCAGUGCUGUUGGAUCUUCAUCAGUACUCUACUGUAGGACGUGCCUGGUCAACAAUUUUUAAGAGAUUUAUUUUUCGGACUAUGGUCGAGAUGUAUUUUGUCCGUGCCAUAUAAAGAGCCAAAAGAUUUCCCAUGAUGCUCUUGGCUGAACGACUGCUUGUGCAGGCUGAAUGCUGGAGGAUUUGGCGUCACCUUUGACUUUUUAACUUUGUUUGAAUUUUAGUUGUUUUUCCUCAAAGUGAGACCGCGUGAACUCUGAGAAAGGAGACGGAGGGACUGACACCAUGACAUCAUUGGUGAUGUAGCCUUGUUGUAAACAAUAAAAAAACAACUCAAACAACAA